AUGAGGGGAGUGGGAGGGAGGGGAGGCACGGCCCGGGGCCCGGGGCCCAGACUCGGCGCUCCUGGGGGGGCCCGGGCUCAGACACAAAGUGACGGCCGCGGGAGCUGCGCGGCGCGUGGGCACCGGAAGUGCCCGCCUCGGAUCCCGGCUCCUCCCCUCUCCUCACCCUGGGAAGGGCGGGGGAGCGGGGAGCGGGGAACGGGGCGGGGGACCGAGAGGGGGCGCCUGCGCCGUUGGCCGCCGGGCCUCUCUCCAGUGCCCCCCACGCCGCUCCUCCCUUUGGGCUCCCCCGCCCCUCGGAUACGAGUUGGGCAGGGGGGGGGUCACUUCCGGUCACGCAGGCGCCCUCGCCCUCUCCCUCUCCCGCGGGGUUCAUUGUCCUUGUGUGAGGCCCAGGCCAGCCGAGGCCGGCCGGCUGCCCGCACCCCGCGGCCCGUGGGGAGGGAGGGAAGGAAGGAGGUGUCCUCUCCUCCGGCUGCCGGAAGUGGACUCCUCGAGGACGCAGAACCGGGGGAGGGGGGUGAGAGGCCGGCUGGGUCCAGCUCUGGGAGCCUGGAAGGACCGGAGACCGCGUACAUGCAGCUCCACGCCCCUACUGCCCCAGGCCAGGGGGAGGCAGGGCACGAAGGAAGAGGAGCGUGGCCCACGGUCCACCUGGGAAGUGGCGGGGAGGUCCAGGGAUCCAUCCCUAAAACGAAGAAUUAAAGAGAAAGGAAAAGAAGAAAAAGAAGGUGGAGGAGGAAGCAAUUGUGAAAAACUAAGCAGCACAUCGAUCAAGAUCCAACAAUAUAUGUUCCAUUUCUGCAGACAAGUGAGUUAGGUGCAUUUCUUCAGGGUCAAGCUUGUUCAUCAUCUUACCCAAUUAAACUGUCUUUAAAGAGAAAACUUUUUUUCUAUUGGA